CACAGUUGCAGAAUUUGAUCAGGCUUUCUCAAAACAGAAAACGUGAAAAAAAUAAACCUCUCUUUUUAUUACUGUUAGUACAAAAAGAACGACUUAAAACCCAUUAGGGAAUUAUUUUGACAGUUAUUGUUCUUCCAAUGGUCGCGGGAAUGGACGCUCAUUUUGAAUCGGACCCUGAAGAAAAUGGACAACAUUUACACGAUGGAACACAAGAUCAAGCUACGUCAGCUAGCCUUAUACAAGGACUUACCCUCGUUGAAACACCUAGACAUUCCGCCCAGUCGCUAAUUGGCUAUCAGAGCCCAUACAAGCUAGGCAAGUUCAUAUUCCCUUUAUUCGUAUAAUGAGGGAGAAAACAAAGAAAAAACAAAGAAUUACAACUAAAAUUAUUCCGCUCGCGGUUAACUGUCUUCAACCUAGUUAUUUUCACGCCUCUUUCUUUUGUUAAAUUUUUGAGUAAACUCGCAUUGGCAUAAUUUUUGGCAAUCCGGUCGUUAGAUAUUCCUUGGCUUGGUAGAAAAAUCUUCUUUUUCACGAAAAACCUCCAUUUCAAAUAUUUCAUUAUCAUUAGUUCUGGUCAUCAAUUUAACUGUUCGAAGAAAUGCGCUCACGACUGGCAAAAGCACUGGACACGUAUCGUGUGAUCUGCCAGCAGACGACUGCAAGGCGAAUGGUCUAUUUUUCCUUCCACUUCAUCAAAUUUGGUGAAGUCGACACCAAAAACCAGACAUUCAAGGCCGAAGUGAUAAUCGAGGCGAGGUGGUAUGAGCCGUUCCUUCAGAACUACACGAAGAAGGCAGACUUCGAGAACUACUCUGGGCCUCUGUGGGAUCCCAAGCUUAUCAUCGUUAACCUAGAAGCAGUUCAAGCUGGCAUCAAUGAAGUAGCCGAGAGCAUUAAGAUUGACAGUAUGGGUGAGCCGUAUAUACACCACACUAGGAGGGUGCGAGGGGUGUUCUUCGAAAAAAUGGAGCUGUUCGAGUUCCCCCGGGAUGUGCAAGACCUCAGUGUUACAGUCAUGUCAGAACUGUCCUCAGAAGAGAUAGAACUGAUGGAGGACGUAGUACUUCCCUCCAGUAUCAAAAAAGAGAUGUUUAUGGACGAGAACAACUUCUCCCUGUUUGAUCACGUGCAGAUCCUGCCCGGAGUGAUCCCAGACCCCACCAAACAGACCAACUUCUCCGUGCCCAUCAUCAGCGCCACCUGCAGAGUAGCCAGAAACCCCAUGUUUUUCAUCUGGAACAAUUACCUCAUCAUGACAUGCCUGGUCUUCAUCAGUCUCUCUACAUUCGCUAUCGAGCCCAAAGAUGUCAAAUACCGCCUGACAGUAAUCCUAACCAUCCUUUUGACAUCGGUGACCUUCAAACUAUCGACUGCAGGCAAGCUGCCUAUGAUCUCAUACAAUACCAUGCUGGACCUGUACAUACUCAUCAGCAUGCUCAUCCUAGUCGGCAUCACCGUCGAGAUCUCUAUUCUGAGUAUUUGGAAGGCGGAACCCAUCGCACACGAGCUGGACAAGUGGUCUGUGCUCAUCAUCGGCAUAGGACUGUUGGUAUUCCACCUGGUCUACUGGAUAUGGUUCCUCAGCGUUACAUCACGACGUCAUAAAAAGAUAGAACGAUUGGUGCAACAGUCUGAAGAGGCCCAGGGCGGCAGCAGCCGACGCAAGGGGGGCUUCGAGAGAAAGGGAUUCCUCAAGUGCAUGAAAGUUCAUCAGGGUCUGGAAUACGUGCGAGAAUUCCAGGGCGACCGGAUCCCAUACGUCGGAAGUUACACUCACACUGAAGAUGAAACCCUUGGAAUAAAAGAGAACUCAACUCCCGCAAAGUCGAAAAAAGUUGAAAAAGAGACGAGAGAUGACGAAAAUAUUUGAAAAUAC